AAUCAACUCCGAUCCUUACCAGACAUUGUUAUAUGUAGGUAAGAGCCCGGAAGGGGUUGGAUUUAAGCCCCGCCUUCCCAAGGGAAAGGUAAAGACGUGGGUAGGCGUGGCCAAAAUCUGCUGGCCACACUUGUGCAACGUGUUGUACAUUGCCAUUCAGUCCCGACGGUUUGGUACGAAAACAACUGCGUCCGUGUUUGAUUGUGAUGUAAUAUAAUAGUAGGCCGAUAUGUCGACGCCGAAUUAUUAUCACCAAAUGGUGUCCAGCCGAGUGCGUCCACUUCCGUUCUUCACUUUCGUUUCCAUCACUUUGUUCGUCUUCAUUUCCAUGUGGUACAACGUGCACAUUCCGGACGCUGCGGCCGCCGCUUACAAUCAACUGCGAGGCGUCGGCCAGCAGUGCCAACAAAAUGCCAAUCCAUCCAGGUACAUUUCUUCGCUGUGCAAUUGCGGUAAAGAGAUUAUCAUGGCGGAAGAUGGACCGCCAAAUUCGAACGGCCUUUUCGACUGGUGCAGUCGGGAAUCCAGCGUCCGGGGUCCGCACCAGAAAAUCAUUUCCUACGCCCUUUACGGAAACGCCCAAAACGCUUCCGUCUUCAAGCGCUAUUAUUCUUUAUUGAGGAACAUUUCACUGACGGCCGAGCGGGAUUACCCCGGAUGGAUCAUCCGCAUUUACCACAACAUUCCGGAUAGGAAUGGGCCGGAGAGGGAAGCUCACGAGCAACUCUGCGAGGUUUACUGUCGAUUCAAUCACGUCGAUUUGUGCAGUGUGCCGCUGCUGAUCGAUCGGAUCGGCAACGACACGACGCCCAUCGAUCCGGCGCUCCUGACGGGACUCAAUCCGAGAAUGUUCCGCUAUUUGGUGAUGCUGGAUCCCAAUGUGGACGUGUUCAUCUCCAGGGAUGUCGACAGUCUGAUUUGGCGUCGGGAAGUCGACGCUGUUAACGAAUGGCUCGGCUCCAAUUACACGUUUCACGUGAUGAGAGAUCACAUGAAUCACGGAUCGGUUAUCCUAGCAGGUAUGUGGGGUGCCAAAAUUUGGCAGCGUCGGGAUCUCGUCGAAGGAUUGAUGAGGGCUCUAGUCGUUUCCGGCCAGCAACAAGUCAAGGCUCAAGAUCAAUUUUCGCUGGCCGAUAUCGUGUGGCCGAUAGCCAAAUACGAUGUGAUGGCCCACGAUACUUACGGAUGUCAAAACGAGCGGCUCAUCCGGUUGUCGCCGAUCAAAGUGUUUCCGUUUCCAACUAAACGCAAUGGCAGUUACUACGUCGGCGGUGCUGGGCACGAGCUGUAUCCAGACAAGUGUCCGGAAGUCUGCCGUCCCGAAGGUCACAAAGACUGGGAAUACUGUUGAAAGUUCUCAUUAUCAGUCAAACAAUUACAUUUCUUUUUAAAUGUUCCUUUCGGGGAGAAGCCAAUAAACA